CUGCUGUGCUGGGGUUGAUAUUGCAUCAAGCAAUUCUCUUUCAUUCUUCCAAAACCAACACUGAGGCUCAUCUCCAGAGGUUAGAGAAGGUCAAGAGAAGAACACCUCAAUAGGAUUCCGGAAUACAAGGACAAACAGCAACCACAGUAAGGGUUCUGCUGCAGGUUCUAGAGAUUUUUGUCGACAUGACUCAGAGCAACGGGGAGAACCAGGUUCCACGGGACCGCUUUCAGCUGCUGCGGCAAGGAAUACAGAACAGGUCCAACAGGGCCAAGAAGAGAGUGCAGAACAUCACCAAGGACGACGUCAAGGGCUUCCUUACCCGAAAUGCAUUCGUCCUUCUCACCAUCGUCGCGGUCACCGUGGGGAUCAUCCUGGGCUUUGGUCUGCGGCCGUAUAAGAUGUCCUACAGGGAGGUGGUGUACUUCUCCUUCCCUGGGGAGCUACUGAUGAGGAUGCUGCAGAUGCUGGUGCUGCCCCUGCUGGUCUCCAGCCUCAUCACAGGUAUGGCCGCGCUGGACAGCCGCGCCUCUGGCAAGAUGGGCGCCCGUGCGGUGGUCUACUACAUGACCACCACGGUCAUCGCCGUCUUCAUCGGCAUCGUCAUGGUGCUCAUCAUCCACCCGGGCAAAGGCGGCAAGGACGAGUUUACCCGGCGGGAUAAGAUCGAGCAAGUCAGCCCCGCUGACGCCUUCCUGGACCUCAUCAGAAACAUGUUCCCCCCGAAUAUUGUGCAAGCUUGCACACAACAGUUCAAGACCACGUACGGUAAGCGAGUGGUCCACGUGAGGGUGACGGUGAACGACAGCUUCUUCAACCUGACCAACGGCACGCACGUGCUGUCUCGCGAGGAGGUGAUCCCGGUGCUGGGCACAGUCAACUCCAUCAACGCGCUGGGCCUGGUGGUCUUCUCCAUGGGCUUCGGCCUCAUCAUCGGCAGCAUGAAGGAGCAGGGCCAGCCCCUCAGGGACUUCUUCGACUGCCUCAAUGAAGCCAUCAUGAGGCUCGUGGCCAUCAUCAUGUGGUACGCGCCGGUGGGCAUCAUGUUCCUGAUCGCGGGCAAAAUCGUGGAGAUGGACGACAUCACGCAGAUGGGCAGCCAGCUGGCCAUGUACACCAUCACGGUGAUCGUGGGGCUCUCGAUCCACGCCCUGGUGGUGCUGCCCACCCUCUACUUCCUGGUCACGCGCAAGAACCCUGUAGUGUUCAUCGGCGGCCUGCUGCAGGCCCUCAUCACGGCCAUCGGAACCUCCUCCAGCUCGGCCACUCUGCCCAUCACCUUCAAGUGUCUGGAGGAGAAUAACGGUAUCGACAAGCGUGUGACGCGCUUCGUGCUGCCGGUGGGCGCCACCAUUAACAUGGACGGCACGGCACUCUACGAGGCCCUGGCCGCCAUCUUCAUAGCCCAAGUCAACAACAUGGAGAUGAACUUUGGACAGAUCCUCACCAUCAGCAUCACAGCCACCGCCGCCAGUAUUGGUGCAGCUGGAAUCCCCCAGGCUGGACUGGUCACCAUGGUGAUCGUCCUGACUUCUGUUGGACUGCCCACUGAUGACAUCACUCUCAUCAUCGCCGUCGAUUGGUUCCUUGACCGACUGCGCACCACCACCAAUGUGCUGGGAGACUCCAUUGGAGCUGGUAUAGUGGCACACCUGUCUCGACAUGAGCUGGAGGGCACAGGCACGGAUGGACAGACGGACAACUCUGUGGUGGAGGAGAAGGACAAGACCUACCAGCUUAUCCCCAUCAACAACGAGCAUGACAAUGACAAGACAGCAGAUGGGGACAGCAAUAUGUAGGCAGGACCAGAUCAACUGGAUUGAGAAAGAAAAAGUCCUAGCAAAAGUGUUAGAAGUAGGCCCUACAUGCACAUUGCAGAAACAAUUGUUACGGGUGAUGGAUACAACUGAACACAUGAAAAUUUUGAACUGUACAAGUUCCCUUGCUGGGAUUUAUUUUGAUGAAAAACCAGCACAACGCUUCAGCCUCAUACAAAGUCUUCAUCUGAAAAGGUGUCUAACAGAGACACCAGGUGAAGACCUUGUGUGAGGUCGAAACAUUGUGCUAGUUUUUCAUCAAAUAAACCACGGUGAGGGAGCUUGUAUACGGUGUUUGGAUAUUUCUUACUUUUGUAAUAGAAACAGCCUAUACAAAUACUGUAUGUGGUGGGACUUCUUCAUUCUAAACCAGGGGUGUCCAACUCUGCCACGAGGCAACAACUUGUGACUUUAACUUGUGUAUUUGGGUUUGUACACAGAGGGAGUUUUGUGCAAAUCUCAAUGGUCAGAGUGAUAAGAGAAUUUGACCUCCCGAAGGUUAGGACAAAGACAAAGCUGUGUUUCGUAGUGGUCCAAACUAGUGUCUGACGAGGCACCAGUACGUGUACAGAUUUUUAAGGAAUCGUUCAAUCAUGGGAUCAAUUUUGUAUUUUUUGUUAUUGUUGAAUGCUCAGUUAGAUGUUGUUUUCAAAAUUACAGACAGAAAUGCUGUUACGGUAGCUAUGUAUUCUACGAGUUUGUUUUAAAUGUUUUUUUUUAAACUGGAAACACUUGUAUUUCUUUUGUGAAGAAGAAGCAAGGCAUCAGUUGUGAUCAGUGCCUGUCGAAUGAGAUAAAAUGUGGGCUGCCAUCAUGGGGAAACGAACUGGCAAAGCUAUUUUGUUAAAGGUACAGUUUUAUUAGUAGAUUAUUUCCAGACUUUAUGUUGCCCCUUCAAAAAUGUUAACUUUUUCUCGAAUAUUCACAAGCACCACUAUCAAUUUCUAAGCAUUCAUUAUGACAUGAAAUUGACACUUCUCACAUAUGAAUAGGUGUAUUUUCUCCAUUUUGAAUGAACAGUCAUAGAUAUUUUUGUCUGCAAAAUGUAGACCUACUGUUCUUUAGUCAGAACAGUAGGCCUAAAUCUAAUUUAAUUAAAAGAUCAAAUUGUAAGUGGGCAGCAUACAUUUUGAAUAUAAACUGCUAAAUUGACGUACCCUACUUUUAAAUCGUCAAUACUGGCUAAAAGGAAUUUCUGGGCUAUGGUCCAUAUUCAAUACAGCACUGUAGUUUUGAAUUACUUUGGCUUUAAGAUUUUAAGACAUUGGUUGUGAAAUGAAAUUGUAGCUAAUUUCAACAUUGCAACGUAUUUCCAAGCUUUAAUUAAGGGAUUCAUUGUACCAAAUUACAACAAUUGCAUUUUUUUACAUGUACUUGUGUUUUAUGUCUAUGUUAGGUCUAGAGGCAAUUUACGUAAAGUACAUUUGAGUUGAGUAUAAAUGAAAUGGUUCAAAUAAUGUAAUGACAAUAACAUGGUCUUGUGAUUUGUUUUUUGACUACAACAUAAAAUGGAUGAAUGAAACAGGGAAUGUUAUGACAAAUUACACCAAUGAAGGUAAACAGUAAACAGUAGAGCACAAAAAAAUGUGCUGAUAUCAUGCUGUGUGCAUUAUAUGUGCCACUUUUUGGUAUAUUUAAAAAGGUUUGCAUACAGUAGCCUGCAUUCACUACGCAUCACUAGACAGUAAUGGUUUUGAAAUCUUUUUUCUAGAAAGCUAACAAACUUAGGUUUCCAUGAAAUGUUUUACUCUGAGGUUGACAUGUUACUGUGGGUACUGAGCAAGGGAGAGAUGAGAUGAAUAUGGCUGUUUACUUUCCUCUUGUGCUAAACUUGAUGUGAACCACAGUGGUUCGGUUGAAUUGAAGUCUGCCUCCAUACCUUUUUAACAUUUGUUGACGAGGUAUUGUUGAAACUGUACAGCAAAUAAAUGCUCCUCUUUUACAGACAUUC